UCUACACUGUAUGAGUCUCCUCACCGACAGUCUGCAUCUGUGGCUGCUGUCCGGGGACAAACUGAACGGUCAAACCACAGCAGUUGUCCGGUUAGAAGAAGAAUAUGCUACAUAAACUGUAACCCGUCCAAGGGAAAGAACCGCAGUCUUAUAAGAUUCAAGAGCAGCUUUUCACCAGUGCACCUUCCAGACCAGUUUACUGUACAACAUGUUGUCCAGGUUGAGGACAACCUUAUCCCUGCGGCCUUGUGUCUCUGUUUGCAGAUGGGCACACACCAAAGAGAAGGGCAAGCCACUCAUGCUCAACCCUCGCACCAAUAAAGGAAUGGCCUUUUCUUUACAGGAGCGACAGAUAUUGGGGAUACAUGGUCUGUUGCCUCCCAAAGUGGAAACGCAAGACAUUCAGGCCAUGCGCUUCCAGAAUAAUCUUAAGAAAAUCAGUGAUCCCCUACAAAAGUACGUCUACCUGAUGGGCAUCCAGGAGAGAAAUGAGAGGCUCUUCUAUAGAGUGCUGAUGGAAGACAUAGAGGAAUUGAUGCCAAUAGUCUACACUCCCACUGUAGGCCUUGCCUGCACACAGUAUGGGCACAUCUUUAGAAGACCCAAAGGCUUGUUCAUCUCCAUUCGGGACAGAGGACACAUCCGCUCUAUCCUGGAUAACUGGCCGGAGACUAACGUUGCAGCUGUAGUAGUAACUGAUGGAGAGCGUAUUUUAGGAUUAGGGGACCUGGGUGUUUACGGCAUGGGUAUCCCUGUCGGAAAGCUCUGCCUGUACACCGCCUGUGCUGGCAUUAGACCUGAGAGAUGUCUGCCCGUGGUGAUAGAUGUUGGCACAGACAAUGAGACUCUCCUCCAGGAUCCACUGUACAUGGGCCUGUACCAGAAGCGAGACCGUUCUCAAGCCUACGAUGAUCUGAUUGAUGAGUUCAUGGAUGCUGUGGUUGACAAGUACGGACAGGACACACUGAUCCAGUUUGAGGACUUUGGGAACCAUAAUGCCUUCCGCUUCCUCAGGAGGUACAGGGAGAAGUACUGCACCUUCAACGACGAUAUCCAAGGUACUGCAUCUGUAGCCCUAGCUGGUCUGUUAGCAGCUCAGAGAGCUGUUGGCAAGCCCAUCACUGAACACCGGGUGCUUUUCCUGGGAGCUGGAGAGGCUGCUCUUGGUAUUGCCAACCUUAUUGUCAUGGCUAUGAUGGAGACAGGGAUGACCCAAGCUGAGGCUCAAGACAGGAUCUGGAUGUUUGACAAAUAUGGGCUACUAGUAAAGAACAGAGCGCAGGAAACGGACACCAACCAGGAGGCAUUUGUUCACGACAGUCCAGGCAAUGUAGAGAGCUUCCUAGAUGCUGUUAAAACCAUCAAACCCACAGCAAUCAUUGGUGUGUCAGGAGCUGGAAGACUGUUCACCCAUGAUGUCAUCAAGACCAUGGGAGCCCUGAACGAACGACCAAUCAUCUUUGCCCUUAGUAACCCAACCAAUAAAGCAGAGUGCACAGCAGAGGAAGCCUACACACUCACUGAUGGUAGAUGUCUCUUUGCCAGUGGUAGUCCAUUUAGUCCAGUGACUCUGAGUGACGGCCGUGUCUACACUCCUGGACAAGGGAACAAUGCUUACAUCUUCCCAGGUGUGGCCCUGGCUGUGAUCCUGAGUGGAGUGAGACACAUCAGCGAUACUGUAUUCUUAGAGGCUGCCAAGACCCUCGCGGAGCAGGUGACAGUUAAAGAACUUGAAGAAGGCAGACUCUACCCUCCUCUCUCCAACAUCAGAGAGGUUUCGCUCCAGAUGGCUGUCAAGGUGGUGGAAUAUGUCUAUACUAAAGGUAUGGCGUUCCGCUACCCUGAGCCUGUGGACAAAGACGCCUUCGUACGUGCAACUGUGUGGAACACCAACUAUGACUCCUUCCUGCCAGACACCUAUGACUGGCCAGGUGUCAGCUACAGUCCUAAAACUAAGUAGAAGUAGAACAAACCCUCACUAUGUCCCAAGUCAUAAUGUCACUCUCUUCCUUUGUUUUCCACUUUAAUCUUAGUGACAAUCGCUAAAAUGACCAUAGUUAUCUUAGUGCAAACAUCAGCUCAUGAAAACAGGCAAUACUAGCCCCAUAAUUGCUGCCAUGUGCAUUUGCACUAGAUCAGUCUUUAUAAGAUCUGUGAAAAGAUGAGAGUGGAAGGUGGCACUUGAAUGGGAAUUAUAAUUUUUCUCUUCACAUCGCAGCUCUGUAUCACCUCUGCAUCAUAUGUAAACCCGCACAGCACCUGGAGGGCCACCUGGUGGUUGAAAACAACAGUGCAGAAAUCGGGAUUUCCUUUUUAGAUACAUGAUAGUUCUCUGUUCCCAGUCCUCUCAAAAACAGCAUCAAAAUGAAAUAUAUAAUAGUAAAUUACUACUAGAAAUUCUAUGUGAUUGCUAUACAGUGUACUCUGGCAAGCAGAAACUCAGACAAUUUAAUAUUACUUAAUAUUACGUAAGAUUGCUUACAUUGUAUGUAACAGUAGAGAUGACUAUGGCUUCUGCUUCAUGUGAGUUAUUGUCUAUAAUCGUUUAAGCCUUGAGUUUACCUGGCAGUAGGCCACAUGCAAUUUUAAGAGUUAGUUUUUCACUCCAUGUUUAAUGUUAAGAUAACUCCAAUAAUAUGUUUGUUUUCCUGUGCACUCCUAAACAGAACUUCUAUUAGAAAAUGAAAGUUCUUUAAUUAAAUAACCAAUUCACUUACUAUCAAUCUUCAUGCACACAUUUCCAAAUGGGUUUCUACAUUGCCUUUUCUCACAUCAGGUGGGUCUCUGGUGGCUGAAAACGUCUUUUAAGUGGUUAUCAGAGGGUGCAGUGGUGCAGAGGGUUACAGAGUUCGGCCUUUUUUGUGCAAACUAGGAGAGAAAGAGAGGGAACAGUGUAACUCAGGGGACAAAUGAAGUAACAUUAAGAUCUCUUAAUGGAAAAUGAUAUUUUAUGAAGGGAAACGUAUUGAAAAUGAUAUCUAAAAACAUUGAAGGAAUCUUGCAGCUAGACAGCACUUGAGAAACCAACAUUCACUCCGGCAUUUUGUUUGUUCGAAUGCCCUUGUCAUACUGUAUUUAUUUCUCUGAAUUUAUUUUAUUUUACUUUUGGAGGGUGUAUUUAGAUGUUUUGCCAUUGUGCUGUAUAUUCAUCAACACUCCUUUUUAAUGAGUUGUGGUAGAAGUAUCCAUCCCUAGAAAUGAACCCUUUUGCUUAAGUGUGACUACAAAUUGAAUAUAAACCAUACCCUGAAUAUUUAAAGAAACAAUGUGUCGUAUCAAAUGAUUGGAUAAACAUUAUUUUUGACAUGAAUUAUAUUUUGUUAACUGUACAUGCACCUUUGUGGAAACUGUCCGCUGAAAGAGUAUUUAUAAAGUUGUGUUAAGUAUGUCCAUGUGUGUUGGUAGGUUCGUGUGUCAAGUCUUGUUCCUUAGAUCAUAUUCAACCAGAUAUCAAAGUUACAGGCUCGGCUUCUAUUCUCUGUUCCAGUCUUCCAUAAUUAUUCAUAUUAUUCAAUUAUUCAUAGUAAGUUAUAACAAUCAGAGUCAUCUUUUUUAUUUUUCAUCUAGGAAUCGAAAGGGGUUAAAGUAGUACGAGAAGUUGACUCAUAAUUAACACAGGACUAUUCGAAAUUUUAGUUAUUUUGCAGAAACAUCUUAAAAUGGAUAUCUUGAUAUUUUAAUACGGUUUUCAUCCUCAUACACGACGAAUGUCUCAACAAUUUGUACUGGCAUUAUUAACGCACUUGAUGCUAAAGGGUAAUGGUGGUUACAAGCUAAGCAGAUAGAUUGUGUCUAGCAACACAUAGUUGCAAUGACAACAAGAAGUAAUGUUAACAAGUCAGUCUGAACCAUCUGAAGUAUCAAUGCAGAUUUCUCUAUUUUGUAUUAUUGAGAUCAUUACAGCACAUAAGUUUCACAAGGUCAUAACAUCCAUUUCUUAAAGUCAAAGAUCCUCUUAACUAUUUUCCAGUUAUAUUUCACAUCCAUGUCUGUUUGAUUUACUGCCAUUUUUUGUUUGUUUGUUUUUUUUAACCAUGCCAUGAAUGUCCAUAAGAUCUUUAUUUUUGCUUCAUGUUCUAACAGGCUACUGUAAUUUGGUGUAAAAUGUGAGAAUUGAGUAACUUUCACCUCAUAAACUCAACACAAACGCACAACCUCCACUGAUGAAAUGUUUUUUUUUUCUCUCUCUCUCUUAAAAAGUUAGCCGGUUACUUUAAAUUUACCUUACACACUGAUGUCAUGGGCAUUGGCAGUAUUGCCAGGAUUUUUUUUUCCAGUCAUGCAUUAAUUCUCAGAUAGGUUUGAAUGAGAUUCUAACCACCUGCAUUGAAGUGCCUGCACAACAUUUGAUAUCUGUUCAUAAUUGCUCCAUGCUCCUUGAUGUAGAGCUCACAAAAUGCUGCAGGCAGAGCUGAAGAAAAACAUAGAAGCACUGCUAUUAUACAAAUUGCUGUCAGUGUGUAUUGUACGAAAUCAAGUAAGUGUGUAGUAUCCAACGUGCAGCUUUUGCCCUGAUAAACUGUGCAGCUUCAACUUUGCCUUCAACAUUUGUAUAAUGUUGAAGGCAAAGUUUUCUACUCAUAACUUUUAAAAUAGUUUUAUCUUAAAGAAACUAUUUAGAGAGUUUUUUUUUAAACUCCAUUAAUCGUUCAUCCAGUUGUUGUAACUGACUGUAAUCACCCAGUGAGAGUUUUUACUGUAUCAAAUAAGAAAUUGUUGCUUGGUUUGCUCAUGUUAUUGUUGCUGUGCCCACAUUUCCUCCAUAUUUCUCCAUAAGUGUGCUAAGUACUUUGUGUCUGUGUUUCUAAAAUUUAUUUUUGUUACACAGUAGAAUUGCCUUAUGUUUGUAUGCAGAGAGCAGCAUGUUUGUACUGCUGAAUAAUACUUACGUGCUGAUUAAAGUGCAGAAUAAAAACGUUUACACAUGCAA